GUCCAGCGAGGGAGUUGCUGCUUCACUUCAGUGUAUAAAAGCAUUGAUAUUAAGCGCACGCACAUCCAAAAUUUCGGGGAUUCCCUUUUUCCCUCAAAAUUUUUUUAUUGCAUCUUUUCAAAAUCCUCUCCGCGCCAGAUUCAUCUCUCACAUUUCCAUCUCUCUCUCCGUCGAUCUCAAAACCCUAAUUUUCCCGAGAAAAUAAGAAAAAGAGAGUAAAAAUGCCGAGAGAGAUAAUCACGCUGCAAGUAGGACAAUGCGGGAACCAGAUCGGCAUGGAGUUCUGGAAACAGCUUUGCCUCGAACACGGCAUCAACAAAGAUGGCAUUCUCGAAGAUUUCGCUACUCAGGGAGGUGAUAGGAAAGAUGUGUUUUUCUACCAAGCGGAUGACCAGCACUACAUACCACGAGCAUUACUAAUUGAUUUGGAGCCUAGGGUCAUCAAUGGAAUUCAAAACAGUGAAUAUCGAAAUCUUUACAAUCAUGAGAACAUCUUUGUUUCGGAUCAUGGUGGUGGUGCAGGAAAUAAUUGGGCCAGUGGAUAUCAUCAGGGAAAGGGUGUUGAAGAGGAUAUAAUGGACAUGAUUGAUAGAGAGGCAGAUGGAAGUGAUAGUCUUGAGGGUUUUGUUCUAUGCCAUUCAAUUGCUGGAGGAACAGGCUCAGGUAUGGGCUCGUAUCUGCUGGAGACUUUAAAUGAUCGCUAUAGCAAAAAGCUGGUCCAGACAUACAGUGUAUUUCCUAACCAGAUGGAGACGAGUGAUGUGGUAGUCCAACCCUAUAACUCACUUUUAACACUCAAGAGACUGACACUAAAUGCAGAUUGUGUUGUUGUUCUGGACAAUACUGCACUGAAUAGAAUUGCUGUUGAGCGCCUACAUUUGUCAACUCCCACAUUUGCUCAAACAAACUCUUUGGUAUCUACUGUUAUGUCUGCUAGCACAACUACUCUGCGGUAUCCAGGAUAUAUGAACAAUGACUUGGUUGGUCUUCUUGCAUCUUUAAUUCCAACACCAAGAUGCCAUUUUCUCAUGACUGGAUAUACACCACUCACAGUGGAGCGUCAGGCUAACGUGAUUCGUAAAACUACUGUACUGGAUGUUAUGAGAAGACUUCUGCAGACCAAGAAUAUCAUGGUUUCCUCUUAUGCACGAACAAAAGAAGCUAGUCAAGCAAAAUACAUUUCGAUAUUGAAUAUUAUUCAGGGAGAAGUGGACCCUACUCAGGUUCAUGAAAGUUUGCAGAGGAUUCGUGAAAGGAAGCUUGUUAACUUUAUUGAGUGGGGCCCUGCAAGUAUACAGGUUGCUUUGUCUAGAAAGUCUCCUUAUGUUCAAACUGCGCACAGGGUAAGUGGGCUCAUGCUAGCAAGCCACACUAGCAUCCGCCACCUCUUCAGCAAAUGUUUGAGCCAGUAUGAGAAGCUGAGAAAAAAACAAGCUUUUCUUGAUAACUAUCGAAAAUUUCCGAUGUUUGCUGACAAUGAUCUUUCUGAAUUUGAUGAAUCACGGGACAUAAUUGAGAGUUUAGUUGAUGAAUACAAAGCCUGUGAGUCCCCAGAUUACAUAAAAUGGGGAAUGGAGGAUCCGGACAACCUUUUAACAGAAGAAGGUAAUGCUAAAGGAACAGUGGAUCCAAAAUUGGCAAUUUGAAUUACCAAAUUGUAGUUAUGAUGCUGAAAGCACAGUUGAAAACUGAUUGUAAGUAAAUAUGACAAAUUUAUGGUUUGAGAUCUUUUUUUUUGGGUGUGAAGAUUGGUGAUUUCGUGGUGUGUCGAUUGCUUGGGUGUUUGAUUUUGUUAGUCUUCAAAAAAAGAAAAGGAAUCCCAACCCACUCCUUGCAGAUUUUGAGUUUUGUUGGAUCAGGUUUUUCAUUAUCUUUCAAUUAUUACUAAAUUUCAUGGAACCUAGAGGACAGAGACUACAUUUGCAGUCAGAUAAUGAGAUUUCCUGCUUGGAUGUCUUUGAUGCUUUGCAGGUGUUAAUUCUAUUCGGGACUAAAUUUGCAGUAUUGACAAGUAAAAUUAUUUUCGUGAUUUAUCACACCCUUUUUUGUGUAAUAUCUCAAAACAUGGCAUGUGAAGCAUUUUCUGUGGUCCCGUCCACAUGGUAGGUUGGUAAUGGUCCAACAGUGUUUAUUGAUAUGGUGGUUAUCCAUGCUACCGGGUGGCGUUGUGAUUGUCCUGUACGGUUUGUAUAAAUUAUGAAAUUUAUCUUGUGGUGUCAAAAUUCCAGAUGUGGUGUUUGGUGUUC